UUGGUGCGAGAAAUGACUUGACAGUCUGUGUUUGACAAUGACAGUUCAGUUUGACAGUAGAAUGUGUAGGUAAAAUUUGUUUUGUUGAAAUUUUCCUCAUAUUUCUUCAAAAUUUAGUUUAAUUUAAAUGUAGACACGUGCCCGUGCUUCUUUUCGUAAUUAGUUAAUUUCGCAGUGUGUCAGUUAAUCAAAAAUGGUCUUCCCCAAAACAACACCCCUUCAGAACCAAUCACGGGCGAUUUUAAAGCUCCUUGACAAGAACUUAGUCAAUCGGGAAUACGUGGAAUACCAGUUCAUUCAACAGAGCCAAAUUCCAACCUCACAUUUCCAAUCAGCAUUGCCCCGACUUCCGAUUCCUGAAUUAAAAUUAACGUGUGAGCGGUACUUGGCGGCUCAGCGGCCUUUGUUAAUCGACGAGUCGUACAAAAAAACCGAAGCCAACGUCUAUCGCUUCCGGGACGGGGUUGGCAAACAGUUACAAAAAAUUUUAAAAGACUACGACAAUAAGAACAAGCACACGAGUUACAUAAGUGAGUUGUGGUUCGACAAGUAUCUAAGAUCGCGAAGUCCUUUACCGCUAAACUGCAACCCGGUCCUGGUUUUAAACAACGACGAUAAACCGGAAUACAACAAUCAGCUCAUUAGAGCCACAAAUUUGAUUGUCAGCUCUUUGCGAUUUUACCGUGCCUUAAAGUCGGAGUUGUUGCACCCCGAAAUUUUCCACUUGAAUCCGAAGAAAAGCGACACAGAGCGGCUGAACUUCGUCUUGAGUAAAUUGCCGCCGAAAUUGGCCUACAUUUGUGCGUAUUUUAACAAGGCGUUUCCUUUGGACAUGAGUCAAUAUCCGAGCUUGUUCCAAACGACUCGUAUUCCUGAGACUGAUAAGGAUAGGCUUGUUAGUUGUCCCGAGUCUAAACACAUUACAGUGCAGUACAAAGGUCGCUUCUAUUCUUUCGAAGUAUUAACUGUUAGUAAUGAUAUCGUCUCGCCCACGCAAAUCAUGGACAAAAUCAAGUUCAUCCUGAGUGAUAAGACAGAUUCUGAUAAGUUUCCAAUUGGGGUCCUCACGACCCUCGAGCGCAACAAAUGGGCCACAAUUCGCCACGAACUGGCCGAAAACGGCAACGAGGCCCUGCUUAAAACAAUCGAUUCGGCCCUGUUUCACGUCUGUCUGGACGAAGAAACGGUCGGAAGCGACCCUUAUAAAAUAACUAAACAGUUUUUGCACGCCGAUGGGGCCAAUAGAUGGUUCGAUAAAUCGUUUUCGCUGAUUGUGGCGAGAGAUGGCGCCGCUGCGGUCAAUUUCGAGCACGCGUGGGGAGAUGGCGUUGCUGUCUUACGUUACGCACAAGACAUUUACAAUGAUGCAAAAAAUAAGCCAAGGGUGCAUCCUGAUACCGCUCUAACGGAGGAUUCUUCCUGCCAAGUUCAGCGUCUAGAAGUUCAUCUGAAUGAUCAUUUGAGAAAAUGUGUCGAUGAUGCGAAAAAUUCGUAUAAAACGAUUUGUGAUAAUCUUGAUGUCAAUUAUACGAUUUUUGAGGGGAUUGGAAAGGAUACGUGCAAGAAGAGUCAAGUCAGUCCAGACGCGAUCAUGCAACUGGCGUUCCAGGUGGCUUAUCACAAAAUAAAUGGGCUUUUUGUGUCCACCUACGAGUCGUGCAGCACUUCUGCUUUCAAGCACGGCAGGACGGAAGCAAUUCGUCCGUGCACGACCGCUACCAAGGACGUUACAUUGGCUAUUAACGCGUUGAAUAAGCCACCGGUGGCUCAACUGAAAAAAAUGAUUCAGGAGUGUUCGACGAUCCACAAUAGGCUGAUCAAGGAAGCUGCGAUGGGGCAAGGAUUUGAUCGGCACCUUUUCGCCCUUAAAUCAAUGGGCGAAAAGAACGAUAUUAAGAGCAACAUUUUUGACGAUCCUGAGUAUUCGCACAUGGGUUACGAUAUACUCUCGACGAGUACUUUGAACUCGCCGGCCAUUUUUGCGGGGGGUUUUGGACCAGUGGUGCCGGAGGGGUUCGGAUUGGGGUAUGUGAUUAAAGACGAGUUUUUGGGGACGCUUGCAACGAAUUAUAAGGACCGUACUAAUGGACCAGACUUCAUGGGUGCUUUGACAAAGUCAUUCGAGGAAAUUUUUGCAAUUUUGCGAACCAAUUAGUUAAGCAAUGAUUUAUAUUUAUUCCGGUAUUUUUAGUUCGAAUUUGUAUUCUUCUGUUUUUGGUUGUGUUUCAUACAGUAUGAGUAAGGUUGAAUAUUAUAAAAUUAUAUAAUUUUUUAUCGUUCGUUAAUAAAUGUUUCACAUUUUC